GAGCAGCUAGCUGGAUAAAGAGGAACAACUAGGAAAGGAUACUCAACAUAUUUUGCCUUAUAAAACCUCAGCUAGUGUUUAGCCUAGAUUGAUAAUUCACCUACAAUAGAGGAGGGGUGUCUUUAUUCAAAUGUAGCGUUUUAUUUUAGACUUUCUUUCCGGUUUAAUAGUAGGCUAGCGCUUUCUCUAAACUUGAGGUCGUGUGCUAGUUUGCUGUACCAGGAUAUUAUCAGAUAGCUGCAGUUAAUUUCGCUUUUUUGUGUGGUUGUAUGAAUGCAUGCUAGAGCUUAAGUCGAAUCGGCUGGCUGCGUUUUGCACACAAGGUUAAAAUUAGCUUUAGCCAACUAGCUCCUCACUCUCCUCCUGCAGCUGUCUUACUUUCUUAUGCUGACUUGUGAGUGCAGGUGUGCUUUAAAUAGGCCAGGUGUGCUGUGGGAUAGAUAAGAGGGCAGUUCUGUGCAGUCCAGCUGUCCACCUCAGGGAUUUGUGCCACUUUAAGAGAGGUCAGAGGUGGUAAAAAUGCUGCUCUCUCUGGUCGUGCACACUUACUCGCUGCGGUACUGGUUUCCAGCUACCAUCAUGCUGGGGACAGCUCCAGCUUACCUGCUGUCAUGGGGGGUCUGGCGCUUAUUCUCAACUGUCCUACCUACCAAAGUGUAUCACAAGCUGGACGACCGGCUGUACUGCAUCUACCAGAGCAUGGUCCUCUUCUUCUUCGAGAACUACACAGGAGUGGAGAUUAUUAUACAUGGAGAUAUACCAAAGAACAAAGAGAAUGUGAUCUACCUGUCCAACCAUCAAUGUACAGCUGACUGGAUAAUUGCUGACAUGCUGGCCAUCAGGCAGAGCGCACUUGGUCACGUCAGAUAUGUCCUUAAAGAUGGACUGAAGUGGCUCCCGCUUUACGGAUGGUAUUUUUCUCAGCAUGGAGGAAUCUACGUGAAACGAAGUGCAAAGUUUAAUGAAAAGAGCAUGAAGAAGAAGCUCUGUUCUCAAACUCGGGCAGGAGCACCAAUGUACCUUGUCAUCUUCCCAGAAGGAACUCGGUAUAAUCCAGAGCUCAAGAAUGUUAUCGCUGACAGUCAGGCUUUUGCCACUAAAGAAGGGCUGGCUAUUCUGAAGCACACCCUGACACCCAGAAUGAAAGCCUCUCAUAUAGCCAUCGAGUCCAUGAGAGACCACCUGAAUGCUGUGUAUGACGUCACAGUAGCCUAUGAGGGAACGCUGACUGCCAAGGGCCAAAGAAGACCAGCGCCAUCGAUGCCAGAAUUCCUGUGCAAAGAAUGUCCCCGAAUCCACAUACACUUCGAACGUGUGGACAUAAAGGAAAUUCCUCCAGAGCCAGUGUUUUUCCGAAGGUGGUUGCACGAGCGGUUUGAAAUCAAGGACCGGCUGCUGACGGAUUUCUACGAUUCGGACGAUGCAGACAAACUAUGCAGUUUCCCCGGGGAGGCCAGACAUUCUCCACUGCCCCUCUCAAAAACCCUCCCGUCAGUGAUGAUCUUGGGGGGACUGACACUGCCAUUACUGUUGACGGAGACUGGCAGAAAACUGUAUGUGAGAACCUGGGUGUACGGGACACUUCUGGGAUGGCUGUGGGUGAAUUUUUCCUCUUAACGAACAGGGUGGAGGCUGCCACGACGAGACGCAUAGAAGACAAAACAUGGAGAGAUGUUGCCAUUUUUCUGCUUCGUAUCACAAGCUGUGUUCCAGAUGCAGAACAGUAUCAGAGAUUUUUCCCACAUGUCUGGCUCACUGUUGACCUUGAGCUGAAAACAGAACAGCGAUACAGAGAAAUGUUAAGUUUUUGUGCUAAUUGUUCCCUCGCGUUAUUUGCAACUGCAGCCCUGAAAUGAUGAAAAAAGAGUGGAUUUGUUGAAAAGUAUUAGAUUCCUCAGAAAUAUCCCUUCAUCUCUACCAUAAGAUAAAAAUAGCUACAAACCCCGCCCCCCUGCUCAUCUGCCAAAUUUGUAUUUUUGCAUGCUCACUUUUCCAUCAAACAUUGGCCAGAUUUAAAGCUGUUAUACAACAUUUAUAUUUUAGCAUAGGAGUGUGCGGAGAAAUCUGAAAACAAGAUUACAACAAGAUGCACGAUACAAGCCUGUUUAUUGUGGGUCGUUAAUUAUGAAGUGCACUGACUCAUUGGUGUUGGUUGUAAUGUUGUCUGCUGUUUAUGCCAAGUAAGUCCCAAAUCAGAAGGAUUAUGCACUUUGCUUAUUUAAAGGCGCUGCGCACACACACACAAACAAAUACACCUGUGUUGUAAUUUAUUAUGCCUCAUUGGACCUCCUCUCAGGACUGUGCGGGUGUGUACAAACUGUGCUUGAUUGACAUCUCCCUUGCUUUCCUGCUAACUUUGCUACACCUGUCACUUCUCAAUCAUUCUUGUCGGUACAUCCGGGUGUAAUUUCUCAGCGUAGUCCCGCCCACAAGUAACCUGAGAAGACGUCUGAUGAGCCAGAAUACCCAGAAACACUUGUAUGUGUGUGCAGAGCCUUUUAAAGUGAUGUUUUACAUUAGUAGAACAUAACUGAUAGCAUCCGUCUCCUGUAGGGGUUCAUAAACACGACACCAGCUGUACUGUUUACCAUGAAUAUUAAGACAUGACUUUGUUUUAUAUAGAUAAUGAAUGUAGCCAUAAAAGAAAAUGUAUUUUAUGCCUAUAAAAUGUUUUAUUUUUAUUUUUGGAAGACCCAACUGCUAGCAUUUAAAUACUGGUAACACUUUAUUUUACACUUUAUUAGUUUCAUAAUUAGUAAGCAAUCAGCAGGUAUUUAACAGUUUAUUUUAGGACAUUUAGGACAACAGUUUCACAGCAGCUACUUUUAGGAGUGUGCUGUUUUUUGUAUUAAACUAUAUAUAUUUCCUGAAAGUAAUUUGGCAGUAUACAGUAGGCUAAAAGUGCUUAUUGUUUAAUAUAGCUUAUUGUUCUCUAAUUGUUUAACACACUAAAAUACAUUUUGCAAUGUAUGAACCCAAAUAUAAUUUAUAAUAUAAUGGUCACUUAUCAACUUAACACUUUUUUCUGUUUAAAAAAAAAAGAAAGUACCACAGUGCACCACCAUCUCUAUAAAAUGCCUUAAAUAUGAACUGUUAAUUACCUGCAAAUCAAUCAGAAAAUUUCCAGGAAAUUGGUAUAAAAUUAAAGGACUAUUAAAGUGUUACCUAAAUAUCCUUAAAAAGUACUGUGUAUAUAUACGAUUGUCUUUGUCAUUGAACUCUGAGGCUCAUAUGGACGAGUGCAUGUGAAAGAAUUUGAAAAUGUGAAAUAUGGCUUUAACCUUUAAAUUGUCAAUCAUUGCCAAAACAUGGUGUGUUUGCCCCGAUACAGUAAGUGUGAAGUUGAGCAAUACUUUUCUAACAUGCCCAAUGACAGUCCCGAUGACAGCAAAAACUCUUCAUGUAUUUUCUGUUGUAGUUGUUUAUUUUGUUAUUGGUGUUUUUUUUUCUUUUCCUUCUUCUUUUUGGCUUAAAUACAUUAUAAAUUGAUUUUUAUAAUUGUAUCAGUGUUUGGAGAUCUUCACAGUUCCAGAAACUUUUUAUAUGCAUUUGUUACUUUGAAUACCAUGUUACAGACCACAUUAAAGUAUCUACCUAGAAAAAGCCAUGAUAACAGUAUAUAGCAGGUUCCUGUGCACUCAAAGCCAUUUGUAUAUACGUCACUGUGUUGUGAAAUGCACUGUAUGUUUGUCGUCGUUGUUUACUGUAUUGAAAACCAUUGCAUUUUCCACCAGUCACUUUACAUAUUUGCCAUCUCGUCCUCCUGUAGAGUUAGUCUGAGAUAUAUUUUCCUCAUGUGGAUGUUAGAGUAAAUCUCAUGGUUUUUACAUGUCGCUCCAAUACCUCACUUGAAUAUUCCUUCCUUGUUCUUAAAUGACACCUUGUCAGCUAUUUUAUAGUCAUUUUUAUCCUGACAAGAUCAGACUGUAACUCAUCAGGAAACUCUCUGUAGACAGUAUUUCAAUGCCAACUGUUUCUGGAAAUGUGUGCCUUCUCUUUGGAGGAGUUGGUCCUCGGUCCUCAGCCCACAACCAGAGGACCACAGUGGCUCAUUCCACCCGUUGACCGCAUGGAGGCGCUCUGCUCUCUGCCGCAUGUGGUCACAUUGUCUACAGUUCAUAGUGGCUUAUUUUGCUCUGAGAAUGCAUUGAUUUACACUUUUUGAGGACUAUUAAUAAAUGAUAAUAAUGUGUAAAAUUAUGGAAAUGGGGAUUAAAGUGAAAUAAAGUGGUUUUCUUUGGGGA